AUGCAAGAUUAUUUAGACUCCGGACAUAUGAGUUAUGUAGACAACACUGAGGGCAUUGAUAACACAUCUUUUUACAUACUACACCACGGUGUAGUGAAAUCCGGAAGUUCGACUACCAAGCUCCGUGUUGUUUAUGAUGCGUCAGCCCUAUCUUCAAAUGGAAAAUCGCUAAAUGAUUACUUGUUUGUGGGGCCCAAACUCCAACAGCAUCUACCAGGAGUCAUUUUACGGUUUCGUUUACACGCAGUAGUGUUCAACACCGAUAUCAAGCAGAUGUUCCGGCGGAUUCGUUCAGCGUCUACCGUCACCCGUCACCCGUCAGCCGCCGUCACGGUUUUUAUAUUUAUAUUUUUACAUAUGUGUGUUAUUUUAUGCUAUUUAUUGUGUUAG